AGUGAGGUGGUCGGCGGCGCGGAAGAGGGGAUCCCGGGGGCGUCCUAAGAUGCCUCUGAUGGAGGAGUUCCUGGAAAGCAUCCCUGAGGCAGUGGUAUCGGAAGGAAGGCGGGCAGACUUUCUUCUGGCGGCCUCCGCCCCCUAGGCCCGAAGGCGGCCGGAGGGGGUGGCAUGGCCGGGCGGCUGGACGAUGACGUGCCCCUCAUUCUCACCUUGGACGACAAUGGGCGGGACCCCCCGGCUCCCCACCCCGGCCUGGGCCCGGAGGAGCCCAACCAAAACGGAAGCAGCUACUCAGUCAGCACCGGGCAAGACCCCGACCGCCCCAGCUGGGACAUCAACUACCAAGAGGCCGCCAUCUACCUCCAGGAAGGCGAGAACAACGACAAGUUCUUCACCCACCCCAAGGAUGCCAAAGCCCUGGCGGCCUACCUCUUCGCCCACAACCAUGGCUUCUACCUGAUGGAGCUGGCCACCGCCCUGCUGCUGCUGCUGCUGUCUCUCUGCGAGGCGCCCGCCGUGCCCGCCCUCCGGCUAGGCAUCUACGUGCACGCGACCCUGGAGCUGUUGGCACUGAUGGUGGUGGUGUUCGAGCUGAGCGUGAAGAUGCGCUGGUUGGGCUUCCACACUUUCGUCCGGCACAAGCGGACCGUGGUCAAGACGGUCGUGCUGUUGGUGCAGUUCAUCGAAGCCAUCGUGGUGCUGGUACGUCAGACGUCACACGUGCGGGUCACCCGGGCCCUGCGCUGCAUCUUCCUGGUAGACUGUCGCUACUGUGGCGGCGUCCGACGGAACCUGCGGCAGAUCUUCCAGUCUCUGCCCCCCUUCAUCGACAUUCUCCUCCUCCUGCUCUUCUUCAUGGUCAUCUUCGCCGUCCUGGGUUUUUAUCUGUUCUCUCCCAACCCCUUGGACCCCUAUUUCAACAGCUUGGAGAACAGCAUCGUCAACCUCUUUGUCCUCCUGACCACUGCCAAUUUCCCAGAUGUGAUGAUGCCUUCCUACUCCCGGAGCGGUUGGUCCUGUGUCUUCUUCAUCGUGUACCUCUCCAUCGAGCUGUACUUCAUCAUGAGCUUGCUCCUCGCCGUCGUGUUCGACACCUUCAACGACUUUGAGAAGCGGAAGUUUAAGUCCCUGCUGCUGCACAAACGGACCGCCAUCCAGCAUGCCUAUUGCCUCCUCACCAGCCAACGGGUGCAGGCCGGGAUCACAUACAAGCACUUCGAAGGGUUGAUGCGGUUCUUCCAGCCACGGAUGCGAGCCCGGGAACGCUAUCUCACCUUCAAAGCCCUCAAUCAAAGCAAUAUGCCCGUCCUCAGCCUGGAGGAUUUUUAUGAUAUCUAUGAAGUCGCUGCCUUAAAGUGGAAGGCCAAGAGGAACCGCGAGUACUGGUUUGAUGAGCUUCCGCGGACGGCCUUCCUCAUCUUCAAAGGCAUUAACAUCCUGGUCAAAUCCAGGGCAUUCCAGUACUUCAUGUACGUGGUGGUGGCCGUGAAUGGGCUGUGGAUCCUCGUGGAGACGUGUAUGCUGCAAGGGGGAAACUUCUUCUCCAAGGAAGUGCCCUGGAGUUCCAUCUUUUUCCUGACCGUGUACGGGGUGGAGCUCUUCCUGAAAACCACUGGUUUGGGUCCCGUGGAGUACCUCUCCUCCGGCUGGAAUCUAUUCGACUUCUCGGUCACAGUGUUGGCCUUCCUGGGACUCGUGGCCUUGGCCUUCGACAUGGGCCCCUUGUAUUUCAUCAUGGUCCUGCGUCCCCUCCAGCUGCUGCGGCUGUUCAAACAGAAGAAUCGCUAUCGGAACGUGCUGGACACCAUGUUCGAACUGCUGCCUCGCAUGGCCAGCCUGGCCCUGACCCUGCUCAUCCUGUACUAUUCCUUCGCCAUCGUGGGCAUGGAGUUCUUCUCCGGCACGCUGUACCCCAACUGCUGCAACGCGAGUACCGUCGCCAAGUCAUACCGCUGGAUCAACCGCACUGAGGGCAACAGGACCCUGGAGGACCAAGGCUACUACUAUCUCAACAACUUCGACCACAUCCUCAGCAGCUUUGUGACCUUGUUCGAGCUGACCGUGGUCAACAACUGGUACAUCAUCAUGGAAGGAGUCACCUCUCAGACGUCGCACUGGAGCCGCCUUUAUUUCAUGAUCUUCUACAUUGUGACCAUGGUGGUGAUGACCAUCAUCGUGGCCUUCAUCCUUGAGGCCUUCGUCUUCCGCAUGAACUUCAGUCGGAAGAACCAGGGCUCAGAAGUGGAUGGCGGCAUCGUGCUGGAGAAGGAGCUGUCCCGAGCGGAGCUGGGGGCCCUCCUGGAGCAGGGCCGGCUGAGGCGGGGGGCCCCCUCGGAUUUGGCCCAGCUGCACGAGGCCCUCGCACUCCUGGACAAGGCCGGGCAAAGCUCUAUGGUGUUCCUGGGGCGCCGAUCCAGGACCAAAAGUGACCUGAGCAUAAAAAUGUACCAAGAGGAGAUCCAGGAAUGGUACGAGGAGCAUUCACGGAGGCAGGAAGAUCGGCAGCAAAAGCACGGUGGGGCGGCACCCCCCCUCCCGGCCCGGCCAGGCUGCGGGGCCCGGCAGCGAUCUCAGACGGUCACCUAGGCCUGGCUGACUGACCCUCUCGUUUCUAUGCAAUUACCCUAGAGUGUUGUUUAAUUCCCUGCCCUGG